AUGAUGCUGGUGCGCCAGACAAACCCCCAGACCCAGCCAAAGGCCAAGGCCACGCGGAUUCCUGAGACCGCGGACGCGGUGCAAGGACUUUUAGUCCAGGCCCCUUCCUGUCGACGAGACGGCGGCUGGAAGCGGGUCCCCGAGCUGCAGGGGGGAGAGGGAGGCGCGGGCUCCGGGCGCCGCGGCUGUCAGUGCGCUCCGACCCGGGGCGCCGCCGGCUCCGCGUCCCUCGCUCUCCUCCUGCGCUCUCCGGAGCGCUCCGAGUGCCUCUUUAGCAGGAGCCAAUAUCCUUUUGUGCUAAUAGGCUUGUCCUCAUUUGCUGCCUAA